AUGGAGGCUGACAGCAUGCAUUCUACAAUAGAGAGAAUGAUUAGAAAGUCCAAAAUUAAUGUACCUGCUGAUUACGUUCUGAUAUGCAAAAAAGCAUGUUUGAAAAAUCCCUAUAAGGUACAAUAUUUAUCACAUGAUUUUUUUAAGGCCGUCGAGGGCAAUGUAAAUUUUAUUACAUCAAUACGACCUGGAAAAAGAGUCGGAGAUCCUCAGGUAGUUGACUUAAAGGCAAUUAAGUACACCAAGAAAAAUGUGUUUUUUAAAUUAAGACAUUCUGAAUUGGAAUGGAGAACUUUUCCGAUCAGAUUGCCUGUAAACCCUAAAUGUGUAGACUUUGACACCUUGCCUACAUUGUAUAGAGCCAGAAUUCCCAUAAAGAAGGAAAAAUAUGAGCACUUGCAGCAGCUGAAAAAUAGUUUAGAACAUGACUAUCAUGCAUUUUACGAUCAAUUACCUCAUAACUAG